AUGGCUUCCUCGUCCUCCAAUGUCGUUGGCGUUCAUUAUCGCGUAGGAAAGAAAAUUGGCGAGGGAUCUUUUGGCGUCAUCUUUGAGGGUGUCAACCUUCUGAACAACCAGCAGGUUGCUAUCAAAUUUGAACCGAGAAAAAGCGACGCGCCACAACUUCGUGAUGAGUACAGAACGUACAAGAUCCUGUCCGGCUGCCCCGGCAUCCCCAAUGUGUAUUAUUUCGGCCAAGAAGGUCUACAUAACAUUCUCGUCAUCGAUCUGCUUGGGCCAAGCUUGGAAGAUCUCUUCGACCACUGCGGCCGACGGUUCUCGAUAAAGACAGUGGUCAUGGUCGCGAAACAGAUGCUUUCUCGAGUCCAAACCAUACACGAGAAGAACCUGAUCUACCGCGACAUCAAACCCGACAACUUUCUCAUCGGCCGGCCCGGUACCAAAGCAGCAAAUGUUAUUCACGUGGUUGACUUUGGCAUGGCCAAGCAAUAUCGCGAUCCGAAGACGAAACAACAUAUCCCAUACCGAGAACGAAAAUCCUUGUCCGGAACUGCCCGGUACAUGAGCAUCAACACACACUUGGGCCGUGAACAGUCGCGACGAGAUGAUUUGGAAGCCCUGGGCCAUGUCUUCAUGUAUUUCCUGAGAGGUGGUCUGCCAUGGCAAGGGCUGAAGGCGGCCACAAACAAACAGAAGUACGAAAAGAUUGGCGAGAAGAAGCAAACCACAGCAAUCAAGGACCUUUGCGAUGGCUUUCCUGAGGAAUUCAACAAGUAUCUCAGCUAUGUUCGAAAUCUCGGAUUCGAGGAUACUCCGGACUACGACUUCUGCCGCGACUUGUUUACUCAGGCGCUCAAAAACACGGGCGAGGUGGAAGAUGGAGAAUAUGACUGGAUGAAGCUGAACGGUGGCCGCGGCUGGGAGGCGAUGAAAGCUCAUCCGUCCGCUCACGCACUGCACAACAUCAACGGCCCACCCGAUGCUUCGGCUCGUGCUCUCCAUGGAGCGUCGGCCGUCCGAGGUCAAGAAGGCCAGCGGCCAUCACGCGAACGCGGAGCAAUCUCGUCGGACCGUUUAAACGCGGCGCAGCCCCCGCCCCCAGGGUCACCGGCAAAGCCAGGAGUGGCAGCCAUGGGGAAGAACGCUCGCGACCGUACAAACGGCGUCGCCGGGGGCAAUCUUCCGAAGAGGAGUAGUCAAUUGGCUGGACAAUUGGACAUGAACACCCCUCCAGCGAGCACUCAAGCCCAGUUCCAGAACAGCAACGCAAAUCUGGUGGGUCAACAACCUAAGAUCAGCCCAGCUACUGGAGCAUUGCAGAACAACCAGGGUCGCCCCAACCAGCAGCAAGAACAACACCCCGGUUUCUUCCAGAAGAUGAUGAAGGUUCUUUGUUGUGGUAUGUAUUUCAAAAGUCCAUUGUUCGACAGCUACUGA